CUCCUCCUAGUUCUCCUCGGGCUCAGCCACCGCGCCGCCGGGCUGCUCCUCCUUCCUCCUCCGGCACUCGCGGAGAUGUUCAACCGCGCUGUGAGCCGACUGAGCAGGAAGCGGCCGCCGUCAGACAUCCAUGACAGCGAUGGGAGUUCGAGCAGCAGCCACCAGGGCCACAAGAGCACAGCCAAGUGGGCUGCCUCCCUGGAGAGCCUGCUGGAAGACCCAGAAGGCGUGAAGAGAUUUAGGGAAUUUCUGAAAAAGGAAUUCAGUGAGGAAAAUGUCCUGUUUUGGCUAGCAUGUGAAGAUUUUAAGAAAACGCAGGAUAAGAACCAGAUGCAGGAAAAGGCCAAGGAGAUCUACAUGACCUUCCUGUCCAAUAAGGCCUCCUCACAAGUCAACGUGGAGGGGCAGUCUCGGCUCAAUGAGACGAUCUUGGAAGAGCCGCACCCUCUGAUGUUUCAGAAACUUCAGGACCAGAUCUUUAAUCUCAUGAAGUACGACAGUUACAGCCGCUUCUUAAAGUCUGAUUUGUUUUUGAAACAUAAGCGAACCGAGGAAGAGGAGGAAGAGCCACCUGAUGCUCAAACCGCAGCUAAACGAGCGUCCAGAAUUUACAACACAUGAGUCUCCAAGAACCAGGACGUUCACCUUCGCCCUCACAGAGCAGAGGGAUGGACACUUGGGACUGUGCAGGAUUGUCAUUGCUUUAUGUGUGAAGACGCAAGUGUGCAAGACCUUCCCACAGAAUAUGUGUAUUUUAUGUGUAUUUUCCCACAGAAUAUGUGUAACUGCUUGUCUAGUAAAUUUUGCAUGAUAGCUAAUCUUACAUUUUAAAAAGUAGCUUUGAAGUUUCAGUUCACAAAAAUUGAGAUCCCUUCAACACUGGAUACUUGGAGCAUUUUAAUCUUUAUUAAACUUCAUGUGAGGUCGCAAGG